AUACACAAUCGCUCUACGAAAUAAAUAGCAUAUAUUCUUUGUGACAAAACUCUUCUUAUAUAAGUGCUUUAUUCCCCAACUUGUCAUUCAUUGGCUCAAAGGCAUCCCACUGAAUGCAGGUGCAGCUGUGGUCGGGUUUGCUGAGCAAGCUAGGAAGAUUGCUAGAGACGAUCCGAGGAAGCUCAUCCACUCACUCAAAGUUGGCCUUGCUCUGACCUUGGUCUCCUUGUUCUACUACUUCCAGCCCCUCUAUAGCAGCUUCGGCGUCUCUGCAAUGUGGGCCGUCAUGACUGUUGUUGUUGUCUUCGAAUUCUCCGUUGGCGCGACGCUUGGGAAAGGGGUGAAUAGGGGGCUGGCAACGCUGGCGGCCGGUGCACUAGGGCUCGGGGCUCAUCACUUGGCUACUGUGACGGGGAAAACGUGGGAGCCGAUUUUGAUAGGAUUGUUUGUUUUUGUACAAGCUGUGGCGUCGACAUUCAUACGAUUUUUUCCUAGAGUGAAGGCAAGAUAUGAUUAUGGGGUGCUGAUAUUCAUCUUGACAUUCUGCCUGGUUUCGAUAUCCGGUUUGAGGACCGAUGAAAUAGUGGAUUUAGCGCAAAAGAGAUUCUCAACCAUAGUCAUCGGAGCAACCACUUGUGUCGUUAUAUCCAUCCUCGUCUACCCCGUGUGGGCCGGGGAAGAUCUCCACAAUCUUGUUGCUAAAAACAUGGACAAACUAGGCAAUUUCUUGGAAGCUUUUGGCGACGAGUGUUUCACAAGGCCGGAGGGUGUUAGGCCGGCUCUAGUCGGGUUGCAGGCUAUUCUCGAUUCAAAAAGCAGCGAAGAAACAUUGGCAAAUUUUGCGAGAUGGGAACCCGGGCAUGGGAAGUUCAUGUACCGGCAUCCAUGGAAGCAGUACUUGAAGAUCGCAAGCUUAACGAGACACUGCGCCUAUCGUGUCGAACCCCUCAACGCCUAUCUUCAGUCUGAAACUCAAAAUUUGCAGGCACCACAAGAAAUCCAAGAAAUAAUAUCAAGAAUGAGCACAGAAUCUGGGAAAGCGCUCAAGGAGCUUGCAUGGACGGUGCAGACGAUGACGAGGCCGGACUCCCACGAGUCGAACCUCAGGAUCGCGUCUAAGAAUCUGCAUUCGCUGCUGAAAUCAGAUUUCUGGGAGGAGCAAACAGACAUCUCGCUCGUGAUACCGGUUGCUGCAGUCGCGUCUCUGCUCGGUGAUAUUGUUUCCUGCGUUGAAGCCAUCGCGGAAGCCAUUGAUGAGCUCAGUUCGCUUGCGCGAUUCAAACAACCGGAGAAUAAAGAUGAAAAAGCUACCUCGUGUUUUAGUGUUGUAGUUGAUGAUCAGGUUAAGCAAGAGUCUAAAUCAUCUGCUGUUGAGAUUUUGGUUGUCUGAUUUUUAUUUAGUUUUAACUCAUUUUUGGGGAUUUUUUUUAUUAUUUUAGUGGUGAAAAUUAUACGAUGUCAGUUUUCUUGAUAUGGUAUUUUAUGCUGAAGAGGGCAAUAUACCUAAUGUCAAGAAGAAUUUUCCAUAAAUGUUUGAAUAUUAAUUAGAAAGUUUGGUGCUCCACCAUUUUGAUAAA